AUGAGCAACCGUGCAGUAGCCGUAUUGCGAGGUGAUCCCGGUGUGACGGGGACGGUGUGGUUCAGCCAGGACAAGGAAUCUGACCAAUGCGUGAUCAAAGGCGAAAUCAAAGGUCUGACUCCCGGUCUUCAUGGAUUCCAUGUCCAUCAGUACGGCGACUCCACUAAUGGUUGUACUUCUGCUGGGCCACAUUUCAAUCCUUUCAACAAAACUCAUGGAGGACCUAAGUGA